GUUUACCCAGUGAUAAUCAAAAAGCGGCGUGACACCCGAAAUUGUGCGUUUUAAACAAUAUUAUCGCUAAUCAGAAGCGAGCAGUUCCUUUCUCCGAUCAGAUGUCGAAGUGAUAACCUGAGAUAAUGGCGCGUGCGAUUCCAUCUUUUGUUUUAGUUGCAACGGUCGCCAUCUUGUCUAGUAUUGCGCCAUGUGAUGGCGGGGUGAUACAAAAUGGUGGAAAAUCACGACCGCCAAGAGUCGUUGGAGGAUAUAAUGCCACCGAAGGACAAUUUAAAUACGUCGCAUCCUUGCAAGUCUUCAAUAAGUUACAUUAUUGUGGUGGUGCCAUUAUUUCACAUCGUACAAUCCUCACAGCUGCACAUUGUGCGAAAAACUAUGAUGUAUACGCCAUGAUUGGUAGUAUAUACUAUCAGGACUACACUGCAAAACGGUACCACGUCAAGGAGUUUAUAAAACAUGAAGAUUUUGAUCCUGUGACCUUGAAUUAUGACAUUGCUUUGGCAAUACUCAAUGAAAGCAUAGAUUUUGACGAUGAUGUCGAACCGAUUCCUUUGGUAACAAGAAAAUCCCACGUGGGGGAAAGAAUGGUCCUUAGCGGAUGGGGAUAUACAAACACCCCGCCCCCAGCACAGGUCCCACCCAAUCAGAUGCAAUGGAUGCAGACAAAUGUAGUGACUGAAAGUAUCUGUGACGAUUUCCAUCCGGAUGUUGACACGAAUGUUUGUGUGUUUGAAUCGAAAGAUCAUGGAAUCUGUUCGGGGGAUUCCGGGGGACCAUUGGUCAAUGGCGACGGGGAAUUGGUGGGGGUUAUAUCCGCCGGAUAUGCGUGCGCGUUGGGUUAUCCUGACAGCUGUACAGAUGUUUAUAUGUUAAAGGAUUGGAUUAUUAAACAUAGUGUCUGAUAAGUUGACCUUCAUUUGCCUCAACUAGUAUUUCCCUCCACCAUUUUGCUUUGUGUGUAACAGCUGCACAUGAAGCACGAAACCAGUUGUUGUUAGUGUCUCGAUACUUACGCACGCCAUAGAAUAUAGAAUAAAUUAAUCUAACAUUAAAUUAACGCGUAUUUAAUUAAUUAAUCAAUAAUCAAUGUGAUAAUGUGAUAAUUUCCAUGUUUUCGCAUAAUUUCCCAGUGAUGCACUAUAAAUGAUAAAUAAAACGCUUGAACUUUGCGCGUUGUGAAUAAAAUUAGAACGAAGCAUCAAGUCACGUAGAACUAAUCGGGAAUAAUCAAUUGUACGCAUCAACACGCACAUUUAAUUAAUCAUCCAUUUUGCUGACAAUAAUGAGGGAAUGCGAGAAAUGUGCGACAUGUGUGAGGUUUGGAAUGAGUCAAAUCCUGCGUCGAACAAAGCGUGGCGAUGAUAAAAAAUACGUACGAGUAGUACACAUUUAAUUUGAAUAAAACGCGAGCGACAGACGCAAGUGUAAAGUGUGAGCGCGCGCGUUUCCUAAAUCAAUGUUUUGUGCGUUAUUUAACAGUUUGAAAGGUCAGAUUGUGUGCUUUGGCAUGAUGAAGCACUUUGGAAAUGUCGAAACAAUUGUGAUGUUUAUUCUGUGUUUAAAUUUAGUACACAAAAACAAUGGAAUACCAAAGGAGGCAUUCAUGAGUGAUAAAUUUAUAGUUGGACGCAUUGCAGAAUUGGAGGAUUUUCCUUUCAUGGCGUCUUUGAGGAUCAAAUCGGUGCAUUAUUGCGCGUCGACGAUUAUUCACCCGAAAUGGGCCAUUACUGCAGCGCAAUGCUACCAAAUAGUGCCAUUUUCUGACUACACAAUUGUCUCAUCCACACAACAAUUAAACUACAAUUCUGGUCUGGAACACAAAGUAAUCAAUAUAACUCUAAGUCCAGAUGGGGAUUUGGCUCUGCUUGAAAUCGCAGACACUUUUAAAGAAACCCCAGCGAUUCUAACGAAAAACAUGCUUGGAAACUUUGAAUUGGGAAUAAUCGUUGGCUGGGGUUUCACUGCAACGCCAGGAACUACUCCAAAAGACCUCCGAAUGGUUUACCUUCGAAUAAUGCAGGAUUCAGAGUGUAAUGUUAGAUAUAAUGAUUACAAACCUAAAGCUGGUUUGAUUUGCAUGAUGCCAAAGUCAAAACAUCUCGGGAUUUGUACAGGAGAUGUUGGUGCACCGUUAGUAGCGAAUGGAAAAGUGUAUGCUGUGGCUGCAUGGCGAAAAAACUGUCUGGACAAUGGUCCUGAAGUAUUUUAUAGUUUACCUUAUCGAUACCAGUGGAUAACCAGUGUGAUUAUGUGAUACAUGACAAAUUUGUGAUUUGUACAAAGACUAUUCUAUUUAAUAAUUGGAAUUAUAUAUUUUACUGACUCAACAUUACAUAAAAACAGGUAUGAUAACUUAA